AAAAAUGAAAGCAGAACUAAAUAUUAAUUCAUCAGCGAAGCGAAUGGAGAGCAGCUGCUUUUUCUUCUGAAGGAAGGCAUGAAAAAGGGGAGAAGAGCAUGAAAGUCCCCAUUAACAGAAGGAGGAGGAGAAGGAAAAGAAGGGAUGGAGAACCAGGCUCUUCUUCCAGGAGCCUCACAAAAAAUAAGGAAGGGCCCAACGUGGACGCUGUUGGUGUGUGUGUGCGCAGCCGGGAUAGGAGGGACUUUCCAAUAUGGCUACAAUGUGUCCGUCAUCAACGCCCCAACCGAGCACAUCCAGGGCUUCCUGAAUGAGACCUGGCGCGAGCGCUAUGGCACCAACCUCCGACCGGACCUCCUGACCCUGCUAUGGUCAACCGUGGCCUCAGUCUUCUCCCUCGGAGGGCUCUGCGGGGCGCACCUUGGUGGGACCCUUGCCAUACAGAUCGGGCGGAAAGGGGCCCUGCUGGCGAACAAUGGUAUUGCACUGCUGGCGGCGCUAUUGAUGGGACUCAGUUUCCCCACCAGACUUUAUGAGCUCCUCAUCCUUGGAAGGUUCCUCAUUGGAAUCAACACAGGGGUGGGCCUGUGUGUGCAGCCUAUGUACAUUGGAGAGUCCGCCCCGAAGCACUUGCGUGGCGCGAUGGCCAUGGGGUCCUCCAUCUUUCUCACUGGCGGGAUCCUCACUGGACAAGUUGUUGGGCUCCGGGAGCUGCUGGGAGGCCCCACCUCCUUCCCAUUCCUGAUCUCUUCCUGUUGGAUCCCGGCCGUCAUUCAAUUAUUGGUGCUUCCCUGGUUUCCUGAGAGCCCGCGCUUCCUCUUCCUGGACAGAAAGCAAGAGGAAAAAUGCCUCACUGCACUGCGUUCCUUCCAUGGUGGGCGGGGCCUGGUUGGCCAUCUUGAGAUGGAGGACAUCCGCCGGGAGGGGUCUGCUUCUUCCUCCUCGUCAGCCAUCUUGAGGCCGUGGCAGCUCUUCUCUCGGAGGCGUGGCCUGCGCUGGCAGAUCUUCACCAUCAUCUUCCUCACCUGUGGACAGCAGCUCAGUGGCAUCAACGCCAUCUACUUCUACACAGGCUCCAUCUUUGAAGAGGCUGGUAUCCCCAAGGAGAAGAUUCCCUAUGUCACCUUAGGGACCGGUGCCUGCGAGUGCCUCACUGCCUUGACCUGUGGCCUCCUGAUUGAGUUGAUGGGACGCCGGGCGCUGAUCCUGGGUGGCUAUUCCUUGAUGACCCUCUGGUGCGGCCUCAUGACCUUGGCCUUGACCUUCCAGGUGCCUUACCUGAGCAUGGCAUGCCUGUUUGCCUUCAUCCUGAGUUUCGGUCUUGGUCCUGGUGGGGUGACCAACAUCCUGACAAUGGAGCUGUUCACGCAGAAUGCACGUCCAGCCGCCUACAUGAUCGCCGGGUCCGUCAGCUGGAUUAGCUUCUUUACCAUCGGCAUGCUCUUCCCAUUCAUCGUGCGGGGCCUGGGCCCGUACUGCUUCCUGGUCUUCCUGGGGGAGUGUGGGAUGGUGGCCCUCUUCCUCUUCCUCUUCCUGCCGGAAACCAAGGGGCGGAGCUUCCUGGAGAUCCAGGCCUGCUUCCGCCGACGUCGCUAUGCAGAGGGGGCCAAGGAGGAACAGAAGGAGGGCGGCGAGGCCAGCAGGCUCCGCAAGGAGUUCUUCCCCUAAAAGGUAGAUGCCACGGCUGAGGGGGUCGAGGAGCGUCCGGUAGGCCUUGUUCACCAAAGAAGAGUGUUCUUCCGAGAAGCCUCUUUCCACCUAAUAAUAAUUAUUCUUAUUAUUAUUUUAUAAUAAUUAUUAUAAUAAUGUUGUAAUAAUAAUAAUAAUAAUAACAACGUUUUGACCUGCGGCUUGUGGCUGAAGCGGUCUGGGUGGAGGCGGCCCUGCAAGGCCCGGAAAGUCUGCCUCAAAUGGGAAGCGUCCAAUCGGAAGCGGCGCUCGCUGGGGAAACAAACCACCAUUAAACAUUCAAUUCAUAAAAAAGA